GCCGUUAUAUGCUACACGUACGUAAAUCAUUCUGUUCAAAAUUGACGCCGAAGAAUUCCUUGAACUAAGGCAAAGAGAACUGUUUGUAAGGGAGUAAACACAGUAGCUUUUAUUGGUAUGAAAACGUCUGGGCCGAGGCCGAGGGUAUCCCGCCGCGCCGCUGCUGUUGGGUCCGGGAGGAGGUGAGUACUGCACGGCAGCCAACUCGAUCCACCCACCGACGAGUUGCAUUUGAAAACCAAGCACCAUUUCAUGAUUUGCACUGGAUGGAUAGCGGAACAACUGCACAGCUGCCGGCGGGGAGAUUCAACAAUAUGAAUGGUACAGAAAUGCAGCAUUGCAAGCAACAACAAAGUGACACAGCAGACGACAAUAGAACGGCAGAGAAUCAUAUGAUUAAAAAACCACUGUCUGAACCUUCAAUAUUGUCAACAGAAAAUGAUUGUGUCGAGGUCACACAAAUCAGUGACCUGACUUGUCCAUGCAAAAACAAUAAGGGCCACAACAACAGUAACUCCGGUGUAGGUUUUUCUAAUGUUAACGCACAUGCAAUGGAUGUGGGCGAGACAGACUCUUCAAAGAUGUCAAAGCUGAAGACGAAAGUAUCUGGAGCGGUCCCCGACCAAGGGUUGACAAACGGAUGUUGUACCUGUGACGGAAAAGACACAUUAACAAAUGUUGACGAGCAAGGAAACCACAUUAGGAAUGUUGUUAAUCAUAAUUUACCUGAAUCAAAAACAAAAGGUACUUCAAUGCCUAAACCUUUAAAGGAUUUAGCAAAGUCGUCUUGCAAUUCUCGCAUAAACAUGAUAAACGAACCCCUACUGGAUCUCACCAAGAUGGUUGAGAAUGUCUGUUUGGGUAGUGGAGAAGCAUCUCGGGACCUUCAGUUCUCAUCAACGAUGGACAAAUUAAAGCAUGCGGACUCCUCAAAAGAAAUCGUGCCCUGCAACACUCAAGCUGCUAACACUAACACUAACAGUGAUCUACUUGCAGUUGCAGGGAUGGAUCCCUCCUUCGGUGUUAUCGGACCGGCUGGUGCCAAUCUUGGAGAUGCAGAUUUAGAAGAACUCCCAGAAUCACUGUCGGACUUUGUGCUUGGUUGCCAUGAGAACCAAUAUGCAGUACUCCCUUGUCCCCCAAACGACAGUGAUAUCAACACUAUACACAUUGAGAAAGAGAAGUAUCCCAUAGUUCUUGUGCCGUACAAGUCCGAGGUACAAAUGCCUGACAUCAUGAGGCUUAUAACAAAAGACUUGUCGGAACCGUACUCAAUUUAUACUUAUCGGUACUUCAUUCAUAAUUGGCCACAGCUUUGUUUCUUGGCGAUGCAUCAAGACAAGUGUGUGGGUGCCAUAGUCUGUAAACUGGACGUUCACAAGAAGAUGGCCCGCCGUGGCUACAUAGCUAUGCUGGCCGUCGAUGAAAACUACAGGAAGCUUCAAAUUGGCUCAAGUCUGGUGAAGAAAGCCAUCCGUGCCAUGGUGAGGGGAGAGUGCGAUGAGGUUGUCCUGGAAACGGAGAUUACCAACAAACCAGCACUAAGACUCUACGAGAACCUUGGUUUCGUUCGUGAUAAAAGACUUUUUCGAUAUUAUCUCAAUGGUGUGGAUGCCCUUCGUCUCAAACUAUGGCUGAGGUAGAAUUGCAGCAGCAGUGGUAUCAAUAAAGGUAUUUGCUGAGGCAUAUCUUAAUGUCUAACUUUUUGUUAGGUUGUAUAUUUUCCACGUUUUAAGAAUCUGGUUUCUCUGAUAAAAUAAAAAGUGUUAUUAAUAUGUCUAUAAUUUGUUAUUUGCUGAGGUUUUCCUAACAGAUAUGAAAUGCAUUGAGGAAAUGUUGUGAUUUUUGAUAAAUUUGAAGGGUGUGCUUUUAAAGUUGGUGUGUGUAAUAAUAUAAAUGUUCACAUUGUCAUGGUCAUGGUGGGAUAGGUUAUAUGAAAUGUUUUUCUUUCAAAAGCUGAGGUUUUUUUUUGAAAUGGGUAAACCUAAGUUCAAAAAUUGGCUACAUGUACAAAACGACAGAAGCAGAUUCUGAAUGCCAAAGCCUUGCAUACUUGUAGAAUGAUAUAAUGUGUUUGCAGUGAAACAUUGUUGUGAAAGUACAUCUUGAAGUGUCUUGCUUGAAUAGGCUGAACAGUGACUACCGGUACUCACACUAGCGCUUAGUGGAUGUUCUUGUGCAGCAAUGAUGUAUAAACCAUUAUUAUUGUGCUGCAUGUAAAAAGACUCUUUCAAAAUUAAAACUUCAAUUCUGACUUCACCUUGAACUGUUACUGAUUUUUUUUAAAUAAUGUGCUUUUAGUAGGAUAUUGUAAGAAAUGAGUGGAAUCUAUGGCCGCUCAUUUUUACACAGCCUUACUUAGCCUUGAAAAGUAUUUGCAUUUUUCAGUGAAAGAUUUUGAAUACAAAGUCAAGAGAUUUAUAAGUAACUCAAAAAUACCAUGUGCUUGAUAUGUGACAGAGGGUGUCCCCGUACUUUUCAACACACAGUUUUCCUCUUGCACAGGAGUACCACACCCAUAGAGUUAUAUAUAUAAGAACUAGAGGGUGCACUGGCCUAUAUAUGCGACCCGGUAUGCGCGC